AUGGACAAAAACACAGUGUGGAAACUUACCUCUUACAGAGUGAUUCGAUACAUAAUUCUUCGUUUGAACGAACAGCUUACUGUGCAGAGGCUUCCCUCAGAAGUUUUUAAAGUUUAUUCCUCUUCUCUUACAAGAUACUACUUUACAAACUGGCAUGGGACGAGUGAAAACGAACCCUCAGUGUGGAGACAUACCCCGAGGAAGCCAAAGAACUCGUACGAGAAGAAGACGGGACCAGAAGGAACCCCCAUACUAGAUGCAGGUUCCUUAGAAUACAUCUUUGCACAGGGUCAGUAUGACUUAGUGAAAGGCCUGGCACCAAUUCGUGAUCCUAAAAAUGAUCAAGAGGUUCAUGAAAUUGAAAACGAGUGCCUGGGGAUGGCUGUCCUUGCAAUCUCUCACUACGCCAUCAAGAAAGAUGUGAAGCUUCCAGAGCUUCCCAAAGAUAUCAGCUAUAAACAUUAUAUUCCCGAAACUUUGAACAAGACAAUCAGGCAGAGGAAUUUCUUAACUAGGAUUCGGAUAAAUAACGUUUUCAAGCAUUUCCUUAAAGAGUUUAACAACAAAACCAUUUGCGACAGCAGCGUGUCUCCACGUGAUCUGAAAGUUAAAUACCUGUCAACAAUGGAGACCUUGACCAAACAUUAUGGAGCGGAGAUUUUUGAGACUUCGUUUUUGCUGAUUUCAUCUGAAACUGAAGUAAACGGAUUUAAUCGUGGAGACUACGAGAUCCUCCCCCUCUACGAAGUCAUCGUAACGGGAAACAACGGAAUUCAGUGGAGGCUCAAGCCGAAUUCUGUACAGACAGAGAAGGAGAAGAAGAAGUCCGAUGGCAAAAACAAAAAGGAUGAAGAAAAACACAAGAGAGACUUCUGGAACAAUUUUUCCUAUUUUCCUGAAAUCACCCACAUCGUCAUCAAGGAGUCUACAGUUUGCAUUAACAAGCAGGAUAACAAAAGAAUGGAAUUGAAACUGUCCUCGCACGACGAGGCCUUAUCGUUUACGUCGUUGAUCGAUGGAUACUUCCGACUGACAGCAGACGCCCAUCAUUACCUUUGCACGGACGUGGCGCCCCCCCUCAUCCAGCACAACAUCCAGAACGGAUGCCACGGACCCAUUUGCACGGAAUACGCCAUCAACAAACUGCGGCAGGAGGGGAACGAAGCGGGAAUGUACGUGCUGAGAUGGAGCUGCACGAACUUUAACCACAUCCUCAUGACAGUGACUUGUUUUGAAGGCCCAGAGACGAUAAAUAAUUCAAUCCAGUACAAGAACUUCCAGAUUGAGGUGAAGAAAGGCGGGUACUUCCUCCAUGGUUCAAACAAGUCUUUCUCAUCCUUAAAAGAGCUGAUGGAUCACCUGAAAGGACAAAUACUUCGGACAGACAACAUAAGCUUUACGCUGAAGAGGUGCUGCCAACCGAAACCAAGAGAAAUCUCCAACUUGCUGGUUGCAACCAAGAAGGCGCAGGAAUGGCAGCCGGUUUAUCACCUGGGGCAGCUGAGUUUCCAUCGGAUCCUCAAAGAAGAAAUCAUGCAGGGUGAACAUCUUGGAAGAGGGACGAGAACACAGAUUUACUCGGGGAUUCUCAACUACAAAGAUGAUGAGAACGAAGGAUAUCAAAACGAAAAGGAGAUUAAGGUCCUCCUCAAAGUCUUGGACCCCAGCCACAGACACAUUUCUUUGGCGUUCUUUGAAACAGCAAGCAUGAUGAGGCAGGUGUCGCACAAGCACAUCGUCCUCCUCCACGGAGUCUGCGUCCGCGACGUUGAAAAUAUCAUGGUGGAAGAAUUUGUUGAAUUUGGGCCUCUGGAUCUGUUUAUGCAUCGGAAAAGCGAAGUUCUGACAACUCCUUGGAAAUUCAAGGUUGCCAAGCAGCUCGCGAGUGCGCUAAGCUACUUGGAGGAUAAGGAUUUGGUACAUGGAAAUGUGUGCACUAAAAACAUCCUGCUGGCUCGAGAGGGAAUCGACACAGAGUACGGUCCUUUCAUAAAGCUGAGCGACCCAGGAAUCCCGAUAACCGUACUGUCCCCGCAAGAACGUGUCGAGCGAAUCCCUUGGAUUGCACCUGAAUGCGUUGAAGAUUCCAAAAAUUUAAGCAUUGCAGCAGAUAAGUGGAGUUUUGGUACAACGCUGUGGGAAAUCUGCUAUAAUGGAGAAACACCCCUGAAAGACAAGACGUUAGCAGAGAAGGAGCGGUUCUACGAGGGGCGUUUCGUGUUGACGACGCCAUCGUGCAAGGAGCUGGCUGACUUGAUGAAGCAGUGCAUGAACUACGACCCCCACCAGAGACCCUUCUUCAGAGCGAUCAUGAGAGACAUCAACAGGCUGGAAGAACAAAAUCCUGACAUCGUCUCGGAGAAGAAGCCAGUUACAGAAGUCGAUCCCACUCUAUUCGAGAAACGAUUCUUGAAAAGAAUCCGUGAUUUGGGAGAGGGCCACUUUGGCAAGGUGGAACUCUGCAGGUACGACCCAGAAGGCGACAAUACAGGGGAGCAAGUGGCAGUUAAAUCUCUAAAGCCAGAGAGCGGAGGGAAUCACAUCGCUGAUCUCAAGAAGGAAAUAGAAAUCUUGAGGAAUCUUUACCAUGAGAACAUUGUGAAAUACAAGGGAAUUUGCACAGAAGAUGGAGGAAGUGGGAUUAAACUCAUCAUGGAAUUCCUUCCUUCUGGGAGCCUAAAGGAGUAUCUCCCCCGGAACAAGAACAAAAUCAAUCUCAAACAGCUUCUCAGAUAUGCGGUUCAGAUCUGCAAGGGCAUGGACUACCUGGGCUCCUGUCAGUACGUGCACCGCGACCUGGCAGCGAGAAAUGUCCUCGUUGAAAGCGAGAACAGAGUGAAGAUCGGAGACUUUGGUCUCACCAAAGCAAUCGAGACCGACAAGGAGUACUACACCGUCAAAGACGACCUGGACAGCCCUGUGUUUUGGUAUGCUCCAGAGUGCUUGCUCCAGAGUAAAUUUUACAUCGCCUCGGAUGUCUGGUCGUUUGGGGUGACGCUGUACGAGCUGCUCACCUACUGUGAUUCUGAGUCCAGCCCCAUGGCAGAGUUCUUGAAGAUGAUCGGCCCCACGCAGGGACAGAUGACGGUGGCGCGGCUGGUGCGCGUCUUGCAAGAAGAAAAGCGUUUGCCUCGCCCUCCCAACUGCCCGGAGGAGGUGGAUCAGCUGAUGAGGAAGUGCUGGAUAUUGAAGCAUGACGAACGGACAACCUUUUACAAUCUGAUUCAAGGAUUUGAGACAAUUAUGAGUAAAAUGUAAUGAAUAUUUUUUUUAAUACCAUCAGUACUUUAAACGCCUGUCCAAAUAUAAAUGCCCAAGACCUUUUCAUUUUAUUUUUUUUUAAACUACUGUAAUUUG